GGGGUGUGACCGGCAGCACCGGGCUCGGUGUGCCCAGCUCGCCCCGGCUCCGAGCCCCGCCGGGCUGGGGGCUGCGGUGGAGCCGGAGCCUCUCUUGUCCUUGGGAUUUACACCGAGGGAUCGGCCACGCGUGGCAGCGGCUGGGACCGGGGGUUUGUCCCCAGAGGCUCGGUUCUGCACGGCCCGGGUGGUUCCCGGAGGUUACAGAUGAACGAAGACUUCCCCAGCUGAGCUCUCCCAGCGGCUCCUGAGCCAAGAGCUGCGCGUGGGGAGGCACCAAAUGGUCUCUGUGAGCUGCCAGGACCUGCUGCCCUCCCUGCCCGGCCCUUCCCUGCUCGAGAGCCUGGCCAGUGCCCUGCAGUGCAGGAUGCCACCGUCCCUUCUGCCAGGACUCGGCGGUGACAGGACGUGUGGCCACCCGGAGGGCUCUGGGCACGUCCCGGUGGGUGGCACCGGCCACGCCGAGCCUGUCCCGCUGCCCAGUGCCAAGGAGGAGCCCCCCAAAGCCCAGCUCACCGAGGCUCAGCUCAGGCUGCCCGACUUCUGCCUCUCGCAGGACUUCAUCCCCACGCUGGAGGAGAUCGAGGAGUUCCUCAGGGAGAAGGCAGAGCUCCCCAGGGAUGAGGCAGGAGAUCCUCACCCCACGGGGUGGAAGGUGGAGAGCAAAGCUGAGCUCGGCUCUGGGGCACAGCCCAUCCCCAGGGCACACGAGGGAGGAGCAGGACACGUCCCAGAGGCUGUGGGGACAGCUGCUGGUGACCAGGGGCUGGCUGCUGAUGACCAGGGUCUGGCUGCUGGUGACCAGGGGCUGGCUGCUGAUGACCAGGUGCUGGCUGCUGGUGACCAGGUCGUGGCUGCUGGUGACCAGGGGCUGGCUGCUGGUGACCAGGUGCUGGCUGCUGGUGACCAUGUGGUGGCUCCUGGUGACCAGGCAGUGGCUCCUGGUGACCAUGUGGUGGGUCCUGGUGACCAGGUGCUGGCUGCUGGCAGCAUCCCCGUUGUCCUGCAGCUCCAGCCUCUCCCCAUGGACAGCGUCACCCCCCCAGCACAGCCUGGGGGUGUCAGGGUGGCCCAGCUGCUGAUCAGCCUGCAGAGCCCAAACCUGCCCGUCCUCCCUCAGCUCCAGCCCCCUGGCACCACCCUGGACCAAAAAUACGUCAGAAUUGCCCCUCUGCCGGUGGCCCCGGGGCCGGGGGACGUGCAGGGGGCAGAGGCGGCCCCCGGGGGGGGCCAGCAGGGCCCCCCUGCCCCGCUCCGCGCGCACCGCUGCUCCCACCCGGGCUGCGGGAAGGUUUAUUCCAAGAGCUCCCACCUGAAGGCUCAUUUCCGACGGCACACGGGGGAGAAACCCUACAGCUGUGCCUGGCCCAACUGCGGCUGGAGGUUCUCCCGCUCGGACGAGCUCUCCCGCCACAAGCGCUCCCACUCCGGCCUCAAGCCCUACCCGUGCCCCGCCUGCCAGAAGAGGUUUGCCCGCAGUGACCACCUGGCCAAGCACCUGAGGAUCCACGGGGGGCAGCCCGGCAGCCCGGGGGCCAGCGCGUCCUAGUGCCAGGCGU